AUGAUUCAAGAAUAGUAUAGGUUCUUUGGUAAAGAAUUAGUCAAUUCUUCAGGCGAAUUUUAAAAGGAAAAGACUGAAGGAAAUAAACCAAAGGAUUUGACAGUUUAACCAAAAUAUUUAAAAUUUAAUUUAAAGUAUGAAGAAAAGGAAAAUUAGAUAGAAGAAGUGCCUAAUAUUAGCUAAUCAUAUCAAUUUGAUUAAUCAAUAAUAAAGAAUCCCUAAUUUACACCAAUUUACAAUUAAGAAAUUUUUUAAUAUUUAAUAAGCUAAGAAUAGAAAUUCUUAGUUAGUCAUAAUUAUAUGAAUGAAUAACGAUAACCAGAUUUAAAUGGAUGA